AUGGUUAAAAAUAGUUUAGACUUUUUACGAUUAAGCCGUGCACAAUUAGAUGACUCAAUCACAUUUCAUUUGAACUCUUUAUCUGUACCAAAACCAUUUACUUCAGAAUCAACUAAAACAAAACCUAUAUACUCAAAUGCUCCUUUACAACCAGACACAGAAGCAUGCAUGGCAUUUAUUCAGAAGCUUUUUAGUGUCUGGGAAGCACGUUCUUCGCUAUUAGUGUAUUGUGAGGCGGUUGCUAAUGAGGCAGCAUUACCAAUAUCAUCUGAUCUACAAAAAGAUUCAUUUUCAAACAAAAUACAAAUGAAAACAACAAAUCGUAGCAUUUUAAAACUUGUAAUUGAUCAGGAAAAACAAAUUGAGCAUGUUGUUCGUAAUCAUUCAUGGGAACAAGUCCUCAAACGCUGUGGAUUUAUUCGGCUGAACAAAACACAUGAAAUAGCAAUGCAAGAGUGGGCUUCUGCAAACUCAGAAAUACACACUUCUCAUACACACGACUAA